AUGGCUUUCACAGACCUGCUGGACGCCCUGGGCGGCGUGGGCCGCUUCCAGCUCUUCUACACGGCCCUGCUGCUGCUGCCCUGCAGCCUGCUGGCCUGCCACAAUUUCCUGCAGAACUUCACUGCCGCCGUGCCACCCCACCACUGCCGGGGGCCCGCCAACCACACCACGGCCACUGCCAACCACUCAGGAGCUUGGCUGAGGGCCACCGUGCCCCUGGACCAGGCCGGGGCCCCAGAGCUGUGCCAGCGUUUCACUGAGCCUCAGUGGGCCCUCCUCAACUCCAAUAGCUCCAGCCACGGGGCGGCCACGGAGGGCUGCAAGGAUGGCUGGGUCUACGACCACAGCGUGUUCCCAUCCACCAUCGUGACGGAGUGGGACCUGGUGUGUGAGGCCCGCACCCUCCGAGACCUGGCACAGUCUGUCUACAUGACCGGCGUGUUGUUGGGCGCCGCCGUGUUCGGCAGCCUGGCCGACAGGUGAGGAGGGCGUUCCCAGGAGGAAACCAGGGGCCCCGGUCCCACUGUCCUCCUCCAGGUGGUGAACGCCUACAUCCAGAGUGAGUUUGCAAGCGGCCGUGCCUCCAGCUCAGUCUUGGACCUCUUCCGAACCCCGGCCAUCCGCAAGGUCACGUGCUGCAUGAUGGCCGUCUGGUUCUCCAACUCCGUGGCUUACUACGGCCUGGCCAUGGACCUGCAGAAGUUCGGGCUCAGCAUCUACCUGGUGCAGGUGCUGUUCGGGCUCAUCGACAUCCCAGCCAUGCUGGUGGCCACCACCACCAUGAUUUAUGUCGGCCGCCGGGUCACGGUGGCCGCCUUCCUCAUCCUGGCUGGGGCCAUGGUGAUCGCCAACAUGUUCGUGCCGGAAGAUGGCACUCGAAGGGCCAACUUCCACGAUGACGACUCGCCCCGGCUCCCACGCUCGCGAGAGACGACGGCGCAGCCGCCGGAGGGCGGGCCGCCAGGUGGCGCGCGAACGGGCGUGCUGACGUCUGCGCGUACGCCACCUCGAACGCGCGUGCGCAAACGGAGUCCGGAAGUGAAGCGCAAGGAACCCGGAGCCUUGGAGGCGCGCGCCGCUGUCGCGCAUGCGCGUCCGGCACAACCCAUUUGGCGGGUUUUUCGGCCGCCGAGUUCUGCCCGGGUCCGGUUCCGCGGUUCUCUGUGGGAGCGGGACGCUCGCCCCGGGACAGCCGCCCCUCGUCUCGAGAUCCCUGCGCCCUCCCAGUUUCUGUCACGCGUGUCCUUGCGACUGACCACCUGA